ACUGAGCAUGCCCGGCUCGGCUGCGCGCGGGCUCCGGGCCUCCCGUGCCUCUCCUCCUCCCCGCUCGUCUCCCGCCCCUACCCACCCGCCCGCGCCUCUCCCCUUCCCUGCGCGUCUCCCCCUCCCCGCGGUUAAGGAGCCGGCAGCCCGAACUCCGGCGCGCCAGGUUUUUCCAGCCGCCGCGAGCGCCAGGAGGGAGGGGAGCGCCGCACCAGACAGAGCACUGGGUUCAACACCAGGAUUGGUUGCAAGUAGGGAGCUUUCGCCACUACACCGGGCCCCUCGGACUGUGCCGGCGCCGCACCCGAGGCUCUCGCCAGCCCAGCGCCCAGGUGCUGAGGAAUCAUUGACAUAGAGUAACUCCACAGCAUGUGUCUUCAAGAGCUUCCCUGAAAGAUUAAAGGUUAUACAAAACUUAGAAGAAGCAGCGAUUCUAUUCACUUGUUAUUGGACUUGAAACUCCCUUUGACCUUGGAAACUGAAGAUGAGGUUGCCAUGGGAACUGCUGGUACUGCAAUCAUUCAUGUUGUGCCUUGCAGAUGAUUCCACACUGCAUGGCCCGAUUUUUAUUCAAGAACCAAGUCCUGUAAUGUUCCCUUUGGAUUCUGAGGAGAAAAAAGUGAAGCUCAAUUGUGAAGUUAAAGGAAAUCCAAAACCUCAUAUCAGGUGGAAGUUAAAUGGAACAGAUGUUGACACUGGUAUGGAUUUCCGCUACAGUGUUGUUGAAGGCAGCUUGUUGAUCAAUAACCCCAAUAAAACCCAAGAUGCUGGAACGUACCAGUGCACAGCAACAAACUCGUUUGGAACAAUUGUUAGCAGAGAAGCAAAGCUUCAGUUUGCUUAUCUUGACAACUUUAAAACAAGAACAAGAAGCACUGUGUCUGUUCGUCGAGGUCAAGGAAUGGUGCUACUGUGUGGCCCGCCACCCCAUUCUGGAGAGCUGAGUUAUGCCUGGAUCUUCAAUGAAUACCCUUCCUAUCAGGAUAAUCGCCGCUUUGUUUCUCAAGAGACUGGGAAUCUGUAUAUUGCCAAAGUAGAAAAAUCAGAUGUUGGGAAUUAUACCUGUGUGGUUACCAAUACUGUGACAAACCACAAGGUCCUGGGGCCACCUACACCACUAAUAUUGAGAAAUGAUGGAGUGAUGGGUGAAUAUGAGCCCAAAAUAGAAGUGCAGUUCCCAGAAACAGUUCCGACUGCAAAAGGAGCAACGGUGAAGCUGGAAUGCUUUGCUUUAGGAAAUCCAGUACCAACUAUUAUCUGGCGAAGAGCUGAUGGAAAGCCGAUAGCAAGGAAAGCCAGAAGACACAAGUCAAAUGGAAUUCUUGAGAUCCCUAAUUUUCAGCAGGAGGAUGCUGGUUUAUAUGAAUGUGUGGCUGAAAAUUCCAGAGGGAAAAAUGUAGCAAGGGGACAGCUAACUUUCUAUGCUCAACCUAAUUGGAUUCAAAAAAUAAAUGAUAUUCACGUGGCCAUGGAAGAAAAUGUCUUUUGGGAAUGUAAAGCAAAUGGAAGGCCUAAGCCUACAUACAGGUGGCUAAAAAAUGGCGAACCUCUGCUAACUCGGGAUAGAAUUCAAAUUGAGCAAGGAACACUCAACAUAACAAUAGUGAACCUCUCGGAUGCUGGCAUGUAUCAGUGUUUGGCAGAGAAUAAACAUGGAGUUAUCUUUUCCAAUGCAGAGCUUAAUGUUAUAGCUGUAGGUCCAGAUUUUUCAAGAACACUCUUGAAAAGAGUAACUCUUGUCAAAGUGGGAGGUGAAGUUGUCAUUGAGUGUAAGCCAAAAGCGUCUCCAAAACCUGUUUACACCUGGAAGAAAGGAAGGGAUAUAUUAAAAGAAAAUGAAAGAAUUACCAUUUCUGAAGAUGGAAACCUCAGAAUCAUCAACGUUACUAAAUCAGACGCUGGGAGUUAUACCUGUAUAGCCAGUAACCAUUUUGGAACUGCUAGCAGUACUGGAAACUUGGUAGUGAAAGAUCCAACAAGGGUAAUGGUGCCCCCUUCCAGUAUGGAUGUCACUGUUGGAGAAAGUAUUGUUUUGCCGUGCCAGGUAACGCAUGAUCACUCGCUAGACAUCGUGUUUACUUGGUCAUUUAAUGGACACCUGAUAGACUUUGACAGAGAUGGGGACCACUUUGAAAGAGUUGGAGGGCAGGAUUCAGCUGGUGAUUUGAUGAUCCGAAACAUCCAACUGAAGCAUGCUGGGAAAUAUGUCUGCAUGGUCCAAACAAGUGUGGACAGGCUAUCUGCUGCCGCAGACCUGAUUGUAAGAGGUCCUCCAGGUCCCCCAGAGGCUGUGACAAUAGACGAAAUCACAGAUACCACUGCUCAGCUCUCCUGGAGACCCGGGCCUGACAACCACAGCCCCAUCACCAUGUAUGUCAUUCAAGCCAGGACUCCGUUCUCCGUGGGCUGGCAAGCAGUCAGUACAGUCCCAGAACUCAUUGAUGGGAAGACAUUCACAGCAACUGUGGUGGGUUUGAAUCCUUGGGUCGAAUAUGAAUUCCGCACAGUUGCAGCCAAUGUGAUUGGGAUUGGGGAGCCCAGCCGCCCCUCAGAGAAACGGAGAACAGAAGAAGCUCUCCCCGAAGUCACACCAGCAAAUGUCAGUGGUGGCGGAGGCAGCAAAUCUGAACUGGUUAUAACCUGGGAGACAGUCCCUGAGGAAUUACAGAAUGGUCGAGGCUUUGGUUAUGUGGUGGCCUUCCGGCCCUAUGGUAAAAUGAUCUGGAUGCUGACAGUGCUGGCCUCAGCUGACGCCUCUAGAUAUGUGUUCAGGAAUGAGAGCGUGCGCCCCUUCUCUCCCUUUGAGGUUAAAGUAGGUGUCUUCAACAACAAAGGAGAAGGCCCUUUCAGUCCCACCACAGUGGUGUAUUCUGCAGAAGAAGAACCCACCAAACCACCAGCCAGUAUCUUUGCCAGAAGUCUUUCUGCCACAGAUAUUGAAGUUUUCUGGGCCUCCCCACUGGAGAAGAAUAGAGGACGAAUACAAGGUUAUGAGGUUAAAUAUUGGAGACAUGAAGACAAAGAAGAAAAUGCUAGAAAAAUACGAACAGUUGGAAAUCAGACAUCAACAAAAAUCACUAACUUAAAAGGCAGUGCACUGUAUCACUUAGCUGUCAAGGCAUAUAAUUCUGCUGGGACAGGCCCCUCUAGUGCAACAGUCAAUGUGACAACCCGAAAGCCACCACCAAGUCAACCCCCCGGAAACAUCAUAUGGAAUUCAUCGGACUCCAAAAUUAUACUGAAUUGGGAUCAAGUGAAGGCCCUGGAUAAUGAGUCGGAAGUAAAAGGAUACAAAGUCUUGUACAGAUGGAACAGACAAAGCAGCACAUCUGUCAUUGAAACAAAUAAAACAUCGGUGGAGCUUUCUUUGCCUUUCGAUGAAGAUUAUAUAAUAGAAAUUAAGCCAUUCAGCGACGGAGGAGAUGGCAGCAGCAGUGAACAAAUUCGAAUUCCAAAGAUAUCAAAUGCCUACGCAAGAGGAUCCGGGGCUUCCACUUCGAAUGCAUGUACGCUGUCAGCCAUCAGUACAAUAAUGAUUUCCCUCACAGCUAGGUCCAGUUUAUGACAAAAGUUAUCUAAAGGACUUGCUGUUUAUAAUAUAAGCAACAUUUAGCUAGUUGUUUUGAAGACACCCAGUACUAAGUAAUAUUGUUGUUCAAGUACAUCUUAUUACUGGAAUAAAAAUGUUUUUUGCUUCUUUAGGAAUGGCAUUAUACAGUACUUCCUCAAAGCAAAUCUAGCUUUGUCUGAAGUUUCUUUGGAAACUCUGCAAUGCACUGAAGACAUCUGUAAUAUGAUGUUACCAAAGCAGUUUACAUAUGUCCUUAUAUGCAUAUUUUUUAUUAUAUAUUUAGUGUUUUAUAGAAUUUUUUAAAGUUAACAUAUAAUGUAGAUAUUAAUUUUUUCCUCGGCUGUAAAAUGCUAUGGGCAACACAAUCAUGCAAUUAUAAUUUGAAAAUAUUUCCUUUAAAGACAGAGUUUGAAACUCAUCUCGGUAAAUAAAUUGCAAAUUACUUGUACAGUUUUACAAGGAUCUCAUGGCAGAACAGCUGAAGACUUGGUCUAUAACUCAAGGCUGUUGUAUGCAAACUACUCUUCUAGUGGUUAAUGCAUUGAAUCAAGUCCUUUUGACAUGUACAAUAUGUUUUCCCAUGCCAUCGUGAAUUUUGUUGUUCAACACAACUUGAGAUGGUUUCAGGAAUGGCUGCAAUCUCAAAAGCUAAAUUUACUGCCCAAGAGGCACCUUGUGCAAUAUUACCAUCCCUGAAUUUAGCAUUGUACAGUAAGAUUUUCUUUUCACUCAACUAAGUUAGCAUUGUCUUUGUAGUAGCAUUAUCUUAGACAUUAAAUUUGACGUAACAUAUAUCCUGUAGUAACAUAGACCAAAAGUUACUAUAGUCAACCAAGUCUUUCAAAGGAUAAAAGAUAAUUUUAUUAUCUUUAACUGUAUCUAUUUUGAAUGUAAAUUUAAAAAAAGUAAUUAUCUGUCAAUGGAUUCAUAAUUUCUUUACAAAAUUUCUUAUAUAUAAUAUGUGUAUCUCUGUAAUAAUAGAGCCCUUCUUUUGAAUCAAAAUUACAUAUGGAGUUUGGAAGACUUCUCCUAUUUCAACAAAUAGUUGCUGCAAGAAUUUUUAAUAUGACUCUAUAAAAGAUCUUUAGUACAAUUGUAUGGUUUCUUGAUGAUUCUGUUUUGCAAUAGGUAGCCUAGUUGCUUUAUAUGCUUUACCUUCUAAGUCUUAAAAUCACACACUGGAAAAUGACAAUAUCAACAAAACUGUAUUCUUAUGAAAAGAACUAUUUGUUACAAUGGGAAAGGUUUUGUAAGCAAACCCUAGUGGAACAGUGACAUAAAAGGCAAUGAAAUUUUCUAUAAACAUUUUCUCAUGUAAACAUGCUGCCACCUUUUCUUCUUUCUCAGAGAACUCAAAUUUGCUGUAAUUUGUCAUUUUUGCUUACAAAUAAUAUAACUUUUCAACCUUCUAGUUAUAUUUAUCAAUAAAGUCAUAAUCGGGAUUCCAUUUGUGUAAAAACUAGGGUGGUAACCGGAAAAAAAAUAUUGUCAGUAUUUCAAGCUGUGUUCCUUUCUUAGUUUGAUAUGGUUACUUCUAUGUUAAAAUAAAAUUUAAAAUCACAUGCAAAAAAAAUCAACAAAAUAAUAAAAUGAAUGAAAAAAAAAUGACACCCAGGGAGUUCCCAAACCCAGUGUAAAUGAUAUUUACCAGUGAUCUAGCAUAUGUAAUCUUUUUUAAAGGUAUUGUUAAUAAAUAUUCUGUCAUUUGUAAAGAUACUUGUCUUUUGGGAGCAUUUUUCCUGCCUGCCUGUCAGGGAAUUUGUUAGCUUACCUUUGUGCUAGUUAUAAUUUGGGAUCAUAGAGGGACUCAAAAGUCUCUACCCAAAUCUAGAUGACCCAGAGCUUUUCCUUUGGAAUUGGCAACCCUGAAGCACCAUUUCAAAUCCUCUUUGGAAAUAGAGAGGGUCCUAAUCCACAAGUAAAUGUCCUGAAGAUGAGACUUGAAUAUUUUCUCUUGAUUACCUAAGUCUUUUGUAUAUUUACUGUAAGUAUAUCUGUUGUUUCCCUCACCCCGAUUGCUAAAAGGAUAAGUUCUAAGCUUGAGCAUUUAAGGCUCUUUUUUUUUUGAGACGGAGUCUCGCUCUGUCACCCAGGCUGGAGUGCAUUGUUGCAAUCUCAGCUCACUGCAACCUCUGCCUCCCAGGUUCAAGCAAUUCUCCUGCCUCAGCCUCCCAAGUAGCUGGGAUUACAGGCGCCCACCACUACACUGGGCUAAUUUUUGUAUUUUUAGUAGAGACGAGGUUUCACCAUGUUAGUCAGGCUGGUCUCAAACUCCUGACCUCAGGUGAUCCUCCCAAAGUGCUGGGAUUACAGGCAUGAGCCACCACACCCAGCCCUUAAGGCCCUUUUUAAUCCAAAACAAUUUAACUGUGUAUGCAGCCACAUUAAGCCCUCCCUGACCCCUGAACACUGCUUGCUUUUGGUCUCACCUCUGUGCCUUUAGUCUUAUGGCUGCCCCUUCCUGAAAUGCCCUCUCCACCCUUCUCUCCCAUUCAGACCCAGCUGUCCUAGGGUAGCUCCAGCCCCAGUUUGUCUGCAAAGACUUCCCAUGCUUCAGUCCUUUAUGACAUUCUUCCUUGGAAUUAGUUGCAACCCCUAUCAAUGCCGCUUAUUUAGUAAUUAAUCAGAUACUACUUUUGGAAAUCUCUUGUACUGUUAUCUUGCAUUUUAAUUUAACUCCUGUAUUGUUACUUACUUUUUCUUGUAUGUAUGCGUUGUCUUCCCAACUAGAUUGUAAGCUCCUUGAGGGCAGGGACUUUGGUCUUAUCUUCCAUGUACUCUCCAUAGUGCCUAGCACAGUGCCUUGCAAUAAAUACUCACUGAUUAAUUGAA